AAUAGGAACUCGAAUAAGUAAAUGAACACACAGCCAAAACCUAAGCACCAAACCCCUUCUUCUUGAUCACUUCAUCUUCUUCUAUUUCUUUAUUCAUGUCUAACGAACAUAGAGACCUCUACUGCCACACUCCUUUCCAAGAGGAUCGCCGUGGUGUCAAGCCUCUUUCCAUUCUUGAUUCAUCAACUUAUAACAGUCCUGGACAAGGGUUUGAUCCUUCUCCAUACAUGAGCUUUAGUGAGUGCUUGCAUGGAUCCCUGGACUUUAAUUCACUUGCAAAAGCCUAUGGCCUGUCGCCUUCUUCAUCUGAAGUAUUUUCUUCCAUAGAAGGCAAUUCGAAGCCAGUGGAAGCUAGAGUUUUAGGUUGGGGUAAUAGCACCGAUCAAAUUCCAGCCACCCCUAAUUCUUCACUCUCUUUUUCUUCAAGUGAGGCCGGUGGUGAUGAAGACUCGGGAAAGACCAAGAAAGAGACGCAACCUUCAAGGCCAGAGGAUGGUGGAGAAUGCUCUGAUAAGAAAGAAGAUGGUGUAACUCUUGUUGUGAAAACUAUACAUGUCAUCAGCAAGGCAAAGAAGAAAGCCGAGCAAAGGAAAAAAGAGCCGCGAUUUGCCUUCAUGACCAAGAGCGAGGUUGACCAUCUCGAAGAUGGAUAUAGAUGGAGAAAAUAUGGACAGAAGGCUGUCAGGAACAGUUCAUAUCCAAGGAACUAUUACCGGUGUACUACUCAGAAAUGCACUGUGAAGAAACGUGUAGAAAGGUCAUUCCAGGAUCCAUCAAUUGUGAUUACAACGUACGAGGGCCAACAUAAUCAUCCAAUUCCAACAACAAUUAGAGGAAGUGCUUCGGCCAUGUUUUCACACUCUAUGCUAACACCUGCACCCCUGGCAACUGGGCCUAGGCGCUUCCCAGCUCAUCUUCAAGGAUAUAAUCUUGUUCAAAUGCCUGCUGCCACAAGCAACAAAAAUUUGGGGGCAUAUCCACAAAACGUUAAUCAAGUUCCUGACUAUGGACUUUUGCAAGACAUUGUUCCUUCCAUGCUCUUUAGACAAGAGCCUUGAGAAGUCUGUCUCACUGCACCUGUGCUUUAAUAAUCUUACCUUCCUGACUUGUUAGGUAAUUAAUACUUCUUUUCUUCCUUAUAUACCUACUUCAAAUAGUACAGAUUUGAAGUGAAUAUAUGUGCUUUCUUUAUAUUAGAGAUUGAUUUGAUUGAGAAGAUACAAUAUUGGGAAAUGCUUUCAUGUAUGUUUUUCAAGAACCUAGCCUUAGGAGGAUUGCACGUUAUAUUUUUC